AUGUCAUCGGCAGCUAGAAAUCUCGCGACAAAGACGCUCCGCUUCGGGAUGCUCCCGGCGGAUGGAAUCGGCCAUGAAGUGCUUCCUCCAGCACAGAGAGUGCUUGAGGAGCUUUCAUCGAGGAAAACCCUCCCUAAGCUCGAGUUCAUCCCGCUCAACGCAGGAUUCGAGUAUUUCAGAAGAGCAGGCGUUGCACUGCCGGAUGAGACGAUAGAGGUAAUGAAAAACGACGUCGACGGCGCUAUCUUUGGCAGUGUAUCGAGCCCAUCGCACAAGGUAACGGGUUACUCGUCACCAAUCGUCGCAUUGCGCAAGCACCUCGACUUGUACGCCAACAUCAGACCAGUGUCGACCGUGGAUGGGAAAGUAGACAUGGUGACAGUGAGAGAGAACACGGAGUGUCUUUAUAUCAAGAAAGAGGAGCUGGACACGCUGGGUGACGGGUCAAAGGUGGCUAGAGCUACCCGCCAAAUAACCCAGAAUGCGUCUGAAAGGAUCGGGAAGCUUGCUUUCGAGAUAGCGUUGAAGAGGGACAAGGUCAGACAGUCACAGUCGCAGUGUAGCUCACCUCACACAGAGCCAAGCGUCUGGUCGAUACACAAAUCCAACGUAUUGAGCGUUACGGAUGGAUUGUUCAGGGAGUCGAUCAAGGCGGCCCACAAGUCUGAUGAGAGGUUUAGCAAGGUGAAGCUGGUUGAGCAGCUGGUCGAUUCAUUCGUUUAUAGAAUGUUCAGGGAGCCACAGCUGUUCGAUGUCUGUGUUGCGCCUAAUCUCUACGGAGACAUUAUAUCAGAUGGGGCAGCAGCACUGGUUGGGAGUCUCGGAGUCGUGCCAUCGAUAAACGCGAAUGAUACGUUUGCAAUGGCAGAACCCGUGCACGGAUCAGCACCGGACAUUGCAGGGAAGAAUAUCGCGAACCCAAUAGCAUCGAUUAGAUCAGCAGCGCUUAUGAUCGAGCAUAUGGGGUACUCGGAGGCAGCAGCAGGGAUUUACAGAGCAGUGGAUGAGGUUUUGAAGGGGGACAAGGUGACACCGGAUCUGGGUGGCAAGGCAACGACGACGGAUGUGGAAGAGGCGGUGCUUAGAGCGUUGUAA